ACCCUGUGACAACAGAUUUUAACUUGACAUUCAUAUGAAGUUAGAAAUUCUAUCAGAUUUAUGAUAAAUAACCUCAAAUGAUCUAUUCAUGACUGUACCUUAUUUCAAAAGUAGCGCCCCACAUGGCCAAUCCCCAUAAUUCAAUGUUUACACCCACCCCUUCGCCACCGCCCCCCUUCACUCUGCACAGGCGCACGAACUUCACAAGGCCGCCAUUUUGUGCGGAGCCUAUUCUGAAAAAGCGGGAGAGGAUUAAAACCCCCGGAGGAGAAGGGCGAAAUUCUCAGCCAUCUCGGUCAGAUUGAAGAACAUACUCUGGGCUUUCUAUCGAAUUCAGCGAGGAAAUAAACGGCGAAGAGCAGGUUGAGUGUCAGGUAACAGUCAGGAGAGUUGAGUCAGAAAUUGAGGAAGCCAAGCAGGUCUAGAAAGAUGAAGUAUUCCUUUCUGGUGCAGGUAUUACCAAUGGACGGAGGACCAACUGACGUUGUGGUUGAGGCCAAGGACAGCAUCACCUAUGAGGGGGAGGAGGUGGUGGCAGACCUGCUCCAGCAAGCAGCAGAGGGGGUGAUGGACGAGCAGCCAGCGGGAGAGGCAUGUCUAGAUCCCCAGCAGCUGGUGGAUGGAGUCAAUGUGGAGAUGAUGGUAAUGGAUUCCCUGGACCCGGCCCUGCUGCAGAUGAAGACUGAGGUGAUGGACGCCCCUGUGGUCACAGCCCACGAGGCCACUGUCACCACUGUGGAUGAGACCCAGAUCAUCACUCUGCAGGUUGUCAAUUUGGAGGAGCAGCAGCUUGGAGGCCUUGGGGAGCUACAGCUAGUCCAGGUGCCUGUCUCUGCUGUGCCCGUAACGCAGGCCACUGUAGAGGAGCUACAGGGAACCUUUGUGGACGCCACGGCCAUGCCCAAAGAUGGAAAUCCUAUGAUCUGCCACACCCUGCCCCUGCCAGAGGGCUUCCAGGUGGUGAAGGUGGGUGCGAAUGGUGAGGUGGAGACAGUGGAGCAGGAUGAGCUCCAGCACCAGGAGGAGCAGCAGGUCCAGCCUGAGGAGGAGGAGGAGGAGCUGCACUGCGAGCCCCAGGCUGAAGACCCACAAUGGACCACGGACCCAGACUACCAGCCCCCAGCCAAGAAGACUGCCAAGAAGGCAAAGAAGAGCAAGCUGCGCUACAACACAGAGGGGGACAAAGACAACAUGGAUGUGUCUGUCUAUGACUUUGAGGAGGAGCAGCAGGAGGGGAUGCUCUCUGAGGUCAACGCGGAGAAGGUGGUGGGCAACAUGAAGCCCCCCAAACCCACCAAGAUCAAGAAGAAGGGUGUGAAGAAAACAUUCCAGUGUGAGCUGUGUAGCUACACCUGUCCCCGCCGCUCCAACCUGGACCGACAUAUGAAGAGCCAUACGGACGAGAGGCCCCACAAGUGCCAUCUGUGUGGAAGGGCCUUCAGGACCGUUACCCUGCUGAGGAACCACCUCAACACACACACAGGUACCAGACCACACAAGUGUCAAGAUUGUGACAUGGCCUUUGUGACCAGCGGAGAGCUGGUCCGACAUCGUCGCUACAAGCACACUCAUGAGAAACCCUUCAAGUGCUCCAUGUGUGACUAUGCCAGUGUGGAGGUGAGCAAGCUGAAGCGGCACAUCCGUUCCCACACCGGGGAGCGUCCGUUCCAGUGCAGUCUGUGCAGCUACGCCAGCAGAGACACCUACAAGCUGAAGAGACACAUGAGGACACACUCGGGAGAGAAGCCAUAUGAAUGCUACAUCUGCCACGCCCGUUUCACCCAGAGUGGAACCAUGAAGAUGCACAUCCUGCAGAAGCACACAGAGAACGUGGCCAAGUUCCACUGCCCCCACUGUGACACAGUUAUCGCCCGCAAGAGUGACCUGGGUGUCCAUCUGCGUAAGCAGCACUCGUUCAUUGAGCAGGGCAGGAAAUGCCGUUACUGUGAUGCUGUGUUCCACGAGCGCUACGCUCUCAUCCAGCACCAGAAGUCCCACAAGAAUGAGAAACGCUUCAAGUGUGACCAGUGUGACUACUGCUGCAGACAAGAGCGCCACAUGCUGAUGCACAGGCGCACGCACACAGGAGAGAAGCCUUACUCCUGUAGCCAGUGCGAGAAGACCUUCCGUCAGAAGCAGCUCCUGGACAUGCACUUCCGGCGCUACCAUGACCCCAACUUUGUGCCGACUGCCUUUGUGUGCACAAAGUGUGGCAAGACCUUCACCCGCAGGAACACCAUGGCCAGACAUGCAGAGAACUGUAACGGGGAUCCUGGUGAAGGAGAGAAUGGAAUCCCACCCAAGAGAGGACGAGGUGGGAGGAAGAGGAAGAUGCGCUCAAGGAAGGACGAUGAUGACGACGACAGUGAGGACAAUGCUGAUCCUGAGCUGGAUGACAUUGAUGAAGAGGAUGAGGAGGCUGAGGCGGCACUGCUGGAGGAUGAAGAAGAGGAGGAGGAGAUGGAGUUGGAGCAGGCUCCACCCACCAAGCCUAUCCCUGCCCCUGUGGAGCCUCCCGUGAAGAGGAAACGCGGUAGACCCCCCAAGAAUGCGCCCAAACCCGCCUCACCUGCCAAAGCUAGCAAGGCUACCCCUAAGGGCAAGGCUGCUGCAGCAGCAGCCAUCAUCCAGGUGGAGGAUGAGAAUACAGGUGCCAUAGAGAACAUCAUAGUGAAGAAUGAGCCAGAGGCUGAGCAGGCUGCCAUAGAGGUGGUGGUUGAGCAGUCAGAGGAGGCAGAGGCAGGGGUGGCGCUGCCUGUAGCAGAGGUUGCGUCCAACGGAGAUCUCACCCCUGAGAUGAUCCUCAGCAUGAUGGACCGGUGAUCUAGCCCACACAGACAGCUCAAGGACUUCCCCCUUCUCUCAACAUUUCCCUUCAAGUCCACCCUCUUCAUAUGAUCUGCCAUAUUACAAACCACUCCGCUUUACUCUUUAUUUUCAUAAUUUGUUUUUAACAAAUCUGUGUUUCUUUUCACUCUCAAACCCACAUCCUUCCAUGCAUUCACUGUAACAGUUUAAGUUCCAAUUGCUUUGGUCUGGGGCGGCAGGUAGCUUAGUGGGUAAGAGCGUUGUGCCAGUAACCGAAAGGUCGCUGGUUCUAAUCCCCGA